UAGCUAGCGAACUGUGUCAAAUUGUCAAACUACGGAAUACAAAGACUUUUUUAAUAAAGUUAUUGGUUAAUAUAUAGUAACAAAAUGGCAAAGCCUUUACAAAAGGAAAGAGAAAAUAGAUCAGCUGAAAAGAAAGAUUUAUCUUUUCAUCCGUAUAAUAUUACACCCGAGAGUGCUCACACGUCUAUAUUGCUUCUUGAAUCUGCGGAGUCCGAAAUACUUUGCCAGACUCUUCGGGCAAUUACAAAAUUUGCAGCUCAGGAAAUGCAAAACCGCUAUGUGCUUUUUAAUCUAAACGCGAUAAAAUACAUUCUGCCACACGUCGAGCAUUCCGAAUUAAACAUAAGGCGUUUUGCUUUAAAAGCUUUGGCUCAGCUCUGUCAACUGCCACGAGGACCGGAGCAAGUGCUAGAUAACUCGCAGAACUUAAGAAAAAUUGCUUUUAUGUUGGUUAAAGUUGAAGAUGUAUUUGUUUUGGAAUUUGCGUCACUCGUGUUAUCGGAAUUGACGAGAGAGCCUCUUGGCUGCGAGCAAUUGGUGUCGGCUAACAUCCUUAAUAGCUUGUGUAACCGGAUGAAGAACAGCCUAGAUCCUGACGUCCAAAAGAAUUGUUUACAGACAUUAAGCAAUUUGCUCGAAGAUCCAAUUUGUGCGUCAGAAGUAACCAAGAACCAACAAUUCAGCUGGCCUUCACUGCUGGCUCUCAUGCAAAGUAAAUACCUCGCAAUACAGCACGCGGCGCUCAAAACUGUUGAUCAAUUAAUUUGCAGAUAUAAAGAUCAAAAUGUACAAAAGACAUUUCGUGCUUCGACCGGAGUUUUGGAUCUUUGCGAUAUUUUAGAGUCGUACGAGUUCCGAGACGUGCACACGCAAGUACUGGGUGUGUUGCGGAACUACGUGGAGACGGAAGAGAACGCGUCGCAUCUGUACCAGUCGGGAUGCAUCCUGCGGCUGCUGGCCUACCUCGAGAUGGCGCUGCCAGCGAUGAAGCCGCACUGCCUCGCCGUACUCACGAAAAUGUCUUUCACGGCCAACGGGCGCGAUGCUUUAUUCCAAACGGGCACAGACUUGGUGUUCUGCCACCAACUCUUGAGCUCUAACGGGGAACUACUAGCUGAUGCUGCUAUGGGCGUUGCCAAUAUGACCAAGCUUCUACCGGCGGCCGUUCGCAUGUCUGAUACUAAUAUUAUUGAAGCACUUUGCGCAAUCUUAGGGGACGACGCUGCUGUGUGGUUCUAUAUACGAAUUAACGCGUUACGGGCGCUGGCGGAACUUUGUCUCAUAAUACCCAAAGCUGCUUUUAGCGUCAUUGAACCAAAAACGUUCGGAGCUUUGAGAAACAUUAAUAAAAAAUUCAAGGAUACGCCAAUAGAAGCUCAGCGUUUGGCCGUUCAGUGCUACCUCAACCUACAGAGCUACCACGUCAGCACUAAAGCCAUGCUAAAUGGUGACUUUAUGGCGGAACUCUUGAAUAUAUUGCAACGUAUCGACAUUAGGCUCAAAAUUAUGACUUGCGGAGUGCUGAGUGGUCUUAUGAAUGAAGAUGAUAUCGCAAAGGAUCUGUUUACUUCUAAGCAGGGAGAACAGGUGGUAUCGGAAAAUUUACACGUGGAACACAUAGGGUUGAGGACUGCCCUCUGUCAGUUGAUAUGUGCCAGCGUGACAGAGGACGGUGCUGAUGCGUAUCUGGAACUCGGAACUCUACAUUAUAUGGUUGAGGACAAACAAGCUCGUUACGUCGUCAGCGCCUGGGAACCGGCUCUAGAGACGAUCUUCCGCUAUCAUCCAUCCGCUAAAUUCGCUUACACCGGACGUUUGGACAUUAACGAUUUCACUCAGGAAGGUUUCUACGUCCAAAAGCGCCUGGGAUCGUCUUUCCAUACUCUGAAACAGCUGGCCGACAGCCGGGAUGCCAUCUACACGGUCAUGUUCAUGCCCGGCGGGGAGAAUGAGCCGCUUGAUAUUAGAACGCCGUAUUACCCCUCCGAGUCUAGGUUGACGAUGACACCGUCAAGUAAACUACGUUUUUCCGUUUUUCCCGAUGAUUCAAAUUUGCGUACUUACUUGUUGCGCCUGCGCAUAUGGUUUGGUGAUCCUGCAAAGUCCCUUCAUUACUUUGAGAUAGAGGAUGCGCAUUAUGAAGUAAGAUAUCGAGAGAAAUGUGAAGAAGUAUCCACCUCCUUGAAAGGGCGGGCUCGACUCUUGGGAGAGUUUGUAGCGGAGCAGAUGAGUGGCGUCAGUCAGGACCGGGAUUGUUCCAUGCCCAGUGUGAACUUACACAUAGCGGAUAUAAUGAACGAACUCAAAUCCUGUGUCAUCGGCUUGGGCUUCAUCCGCUGUGGAGGGCCUUUGGAGCGAGCUCUGCUGUAUAAGGUGUUGGCUGAUAGAGUGGGGCUCCCCUGUGCAUUGUACAGAGGUACCAGCGCACACGCCUGGUGUGAGGUCGCGGUGCCGGAGAUCGACCCUAACGGGCCGCUGGACAAGGACGAGAGGUUUCCGGCGGGGUUACUCCGAGCCAACUAUGUAGUAGACCUCAUGGAAAAUCCCGGUCGACUGCUACCAUUGUCAUCGCCCGAGGCAAUGAGCGUGUGCGGCGCGAAAUGUACGCCGUACACUGCUCGCGCCCUGGACCCGGUGUGCAAGUGCGAACAUUGAAAACCGGCAAUGGAUAGUUUACAUAGAAGUUAACAUACACCGCAAUGUAUUUUGAAAUAAUUUUUAAAACGUUGCGAGGGUUCGGAAUAAAGAUUUUUUUUGUUUUGUAAA